UGUGACAGUAACCAAUAAUCUUUUACAGUUGAACAUUUAAAAAUAAACUUUGUUGGAAAAUAAAACAACAGAAUAUAAUCAAACAUACUUCAUCUAAACUAGGUACUUUAUAUCCAGCAAACAUUCCUGAUGGCAGACUCUACUGAUGGUUUGUCUCAGUCACCCGAAGAUGAGCUCACCAUCCCCCGAGCUGCUGUCAAUAAAUACAUACGAGAAAUUUGCCCAAAUGUCAGAGUAGGAUUUGACACUAGAGAGCUGCUAUUACAAUGCUGCUCUGAGUUUAUACACGUUAUCAGUUCUGAAGCAAACCAAGCUUGCAGUGAAGAACAGAAAAAAACUAUAACUGCUGAACAUAUAUUCAAAGCACUUCACAAGCUUGGCUUCAGCGACUACGUAGCGGAGGCAGAAGCUGUGCUGCGAGACUGCAAGGCUUUGGCUGCCAAGAAGAGAAGGAAAAGUUCUAGACUAGAGAACCUGGGCAUCCCUGAAGAGGACUUGUUGCGCCAACAACAAGAACUUUUUGCUAAGGCACGAGAAGAACAAUUAUUUGUUGACCAGAAGAAGUGGCUUCAUCUCCAACAACAAGCCAGUGUUGCAGAACAGCAACAACAACAACUGCAAUCUGCUCAAUUACAAAAUGAUGAUGAUGACGAAUAUGAAGAUGAUGAUGAUGAUGAGCCAUAACUUUCAUCAUAAUGUUAUCUAAAAUAAACGACUAGUUCACUAUGUCAAAUUAUACCAUCUUCUCUUGUUCUUGCGUCAAUUUGGAAUAACUAAACAUAACUAAGGUUGCAAAUAAUUUAUUUUAAAUUGGUUCUUAUUGGGUAACUUCCAAUAUUAGUUAGUAAAAUCCAAUGUCUGAGACUUAUAGUGCGACUUGUGACAUUUUACAUUUGGUUAGAAACGUGCCAUUUCUGAGACCUUGAUGACUUUCCACAUUUGACGGAAGUAUAUUGAAUAAUAUUGAAUAAUAUUAAAUAAUAUUGAAUAAUAUUGAAUAAUAUUGAGUAAUAUUGAAUACCAUAAUGUGGCUGUGGUGCAGUCACAUCAGGAAGUAGUGUUGAUCAUUAAGGCUAAAAAGAAAGGUUGGCUGCAUUUGUUCAUUAAAAACAAUUGAACAACUUGUGGAUGUUG